UCGUCACGUGACACCAGGGUCCCGCGUGUCUUAGCUCAGCAAUCGCCCUGGAGACGGACGCCGCUGGCUGCAACAUGAACGUGAUCUAUCCACUAGCGGUGCCUAAGGGGCGCCGGCUCUGCUGUGAGGUGUGCGAAGCCCCGGCCGAGCGGGUGUGCACGGCCUGUACAGUCACUUACUACUGUGGUGUGGUGCAUCAAAGAGCUGACUGGGGCAGCAUCCAUGAGAAGAUAUGUCAACUCCUCAUUCCACUGCGCACUACCAUGCCCUUCUACAAUUCAGAGGAAGAACGGCAGCAUGGCCUGCAACAGUUGCAGAAGCGGCAGAAGCAUUUGAUUGAAUUCUGCUACACGGUAGCCCAGAAAUAUAUCUUUGAAGGAAAACACGAAGAAGCUGUGCCAGCCGCACUGCAUUCUCUUCGUUUCCGUAUGAACAUGCAUGGCCUGAGUUCAGUAGAGCUUGUGCCUGCUUACCUGCUCUUGUCUGAGGCUAGCCUUGGUCUGGGUCGAAUCAUCCAAGCUGAGGAAUAUCUGUCGCAAGCCCAGUGGACAGUCCUCAAAUCAACCGAGUGCUGCAAUGCCACCCAUUCUUUAUUACAUCGGAACCUGGGACUUCUCUGUAUGGCUAAGAAAAACUAUGAAGAAGCCCGUUAUCAUCUGGCCAAUGACAUAUAUUUUGCCAGUAGCGCGUUUGGAACAGAGAACAUCAGGACCUCAGGAGGCUACUUCCAAUUGGCUAAUAUCUUUCAUAGCCUUAACAAGUUGGACCUGGCAGACACACUGUAUACCAAGGUCACUGAGAUCUGGCAUAAAUAUCUGAAUAAUCACUACCAAGUCCUGGCACAGUCUCGCCUCCAAAAGAUAGAUUUACUGGGCAAACAGUUUGAGAAUGACACUGGCCUGGAUGAAGCCCAGGAAGCAGAAGCCAUUCAGAUCCUGACUUCAAUCUUGAGUGUUCGAGAAUCUACAUCUAACAACGCUCCAGAAAAAACUGUCUUGGUUUUGAAGACCCUGGUUAUGCUUUACUACCUGAUGAUGAAUUAUUCAAAGGCCCAGGAAUUUGCCAUGAAAGCCUUCACUCUAGCCAAAGAAAAGCUUAAUGAGCAUGAACAGAGCACCAUUCAGGAGUUAUUAAAUCUCAUCUCUGCUGAAGAAUCUCAUCCUCAGUGA